UGUUGCACCAUACAGGAGAUGGAUAGAGAGAGAAGUUGCAGCCUGGGCACUGUGCUGUGCGUUCUCACAGGAGCCUCCCGGGGGCUGGGCAGGAGCCUGGCAUGGGAACUGUGCCCCAGAGUGGCGCCAGGCUCUGCCCUGCUGCUGGUGGCCCGCACAGAGCAGGCUCUGCGUGUUUUGUCUCAGGAGCUGACACUCCAGUAUGCAGAUAUUGAGGUGAGAUGGGUGGCAGCAGACCUGGGAACAGCAGAUGGGGUAAAGAAGACAGUGCAAGCUGCACAGGAGCUGAACGGACGGGAUGCGGCUCAAAGGGUCCUCAUUAUCAACAACGCAGGGUCUCUAGGUGAUGUCAGCAGGUCUUUUGUGGAAUUUAUGGACCCUCUAGAAGUGGACAGAUAUUUCUCCUUGAACGUGUCUUCAGCGCUGUGCCUGACCUCUUCCCCUGCUGACGGUUUUCCAGAGACGGCCUGGGCUACAGCGGCUGGUGGUCAACAUCUCAUCCCUGGCAGCCCUGCAACCGUUCAAGUCCUGGACGCUGUACUGUGCAGGGAAGGCAUCUCGGGAUAUGAUGUUCAAGGUGUUGGCCGAGGAGGAGACAGACAUCCGCGUACUCAACUACGCACCAGGUUGUACAUGGUGCACAAAAAAAUUCUGCUUUGCUAA